AUGUUGCUAGGACGGUCGGUCAUCGCGUAUGAUAUAUCUUGGUUUUAUCCUCUCUGGAACCUAGACAAUGGUGGUAUCGACUCGGUAGCAUCAAAUCAAAGGGCAUCCACGGUUACCAAUGGUGCUCCCAGGGAUGUGCUGAACAAAUUUAUCGCGCUGACCAUCAUUGUUGCAAUCCCCAUUCCGACAUUUGGGAUCUACCCGAUGCUGAACCGCUAUAGAAUCUAA